CAUUUCAGUAGUAGCUGCCACAGAGGCAUUGACAGUAUAAGCGCGUAUAGAUCUAUGGAAAUCAAGUUGGGGCUUCAGACGGCUUGCCUCGAUGGGAUCAGUACGAGUUUGCAACUGAAAGUGUCUAAACCGAUUUGGAAUUAGAAUCUUAUUCUCUUAUUUCCAUAAAUACGAGAUAAGGAGUAACAAACUGUUAAGUGUAUUGAAGAUCGUAUUUUGUGUGAUCAAUUUAGUUUUUAAAUAUCUGUAAAUACGAAAAGAAGGUGCCAUGAAUCAGUCGGUUGAGGAAAUUCGCCAACGCUUGCCAGCUGAUUGGGAGGCCUUACGGAAGGUCUACGAUUUACUAAAGAAGUCGGACGUUUUUUGUGUUUCUGAUAACGAUGUGAAAAUUGUGGAGUUCGUCCAGCCAGCUGAACUCAAGAAACUCAUAGAUCUUACAAUUUCCGAUGACAAGUCUUUGAAUGAAGCCGAAAUUCUAUCCCUAUGCCGUAAGGUAAUUCAAUAUUCCGUCAAGACAUCACAUAGCCGAUUCCAUAAUCAAUUAUUCGGUCAAAUGGACCCCUACGGUCUAUUUGGUUCCUGGAUAACCGAGGCACUCAACACAAGUGCGUAUACAUUCGAAGUGGGUCCAGUUUUUUCACUCAUCGAAACGGAAGUCAUAAAGAAAAUGUGCGACAUUUGUGGAUAUGCUAAUGGCGAUGGUAUAUUUGCUCCCGGAGGAUCAGUUUCAAAUAUGUAUGCUCUGGUUUUGGCCCGAUAUAAGGUUUGUCCUGACAUAAAGGCGAAAGGAAUUUUUGGUAUGAAGCCUUUGGUGCUGUUCACCUCGGAAGAAUCUCACUACAGUUUUAAAAAAGCCGCCCACUGGCUUGGUUUUGGCACAGAUAAUUGUGUAACUGUCAAAACCAACUCACAAGGCCAAAUGAUGGCCAAGGACCUAGAGGCAAAAAUCUUACAGGCCCAAGAGCAAGACAAGACACCAUUUUUUGUGAAUUCAACAGCUGGAACGACAGUGUUGGGUGCAUUCGAUGACUUGAAUGAGAUUGCUGACGUUUGUCAACGUUAUGGACUUUGGUUGCAUGUCGAUGGAUGCCAUGGAGGAUCUGUUCUUAUUUCUAAGGAGAAUCGCCAUCUGAUGAAUGGCUUGGAGCGAAGUAAUUCACUGGCUUGGAAUCCGCACAAGGCUCUCGGUGCCCCUCUUCAAUGUUCAAUGUUUCUGACACAAGAAACGGAACUAAUGUCAAAAUGCAAUAGCACCGAAGUGAAGUAUCUUUUUCAGCAGGACAAGUUCUACGAUGUCUCUUAUGACACUGGCAACAAAAGUGUCCAAUGUGGACGAAAGAUCGACUGUUUCAAAUUCUGGUUAAUGCUCAAGGCUAGAAGUGUAAAUGGAUUGGGAUCGCUGGUUGAUCAUGCCGUGAAAAUGGCUAAAUUGUUUGUUUCAAAGAUGCUUCAGAGAGAGGGAUAUCGUUUGGUGCAAGAUUCAUUUUUAUACACAAAUGUUUGUUUUUGGUAUAUUCCGAAGGCAAUGCGAGGUCAGGAGGAGACCAGUGAGUGGGAAGCCAAGUUGUAUGAGGUUGCACCAAAAAUCAAGGAGAAGAUGAUCCGAAGUGGAAGUCUUAUGAUUGGUUAUUCACCGUUGUCUUAUAGAGGAGUGGGUAAUUUUAUUCGAAUGAUCUUCACAUGUUAUCCGGUGAUUGACGAGGAUGAGCUGGAUGCUAUUCUUGAUGAAAUAGAAUAUUUGGCAGAACAGGAUUAACAAAACACAAAAUGCUUUUCGUUUUAGAUAAGUUAAUAAAAUUAUUGUAUGAUUUAAUAAUGAUUUGCGCUUACGGUAGUUGGAUAUUAAAAAUAAGUUUUUGAUUAAA